UACCGGGGAAAUAGUUCAUUUUGCGAGGUUAGAAAUUUUUGAGUACUUUCCUCGGUUAGAGUUCUUUUUGAGAGAUGGACAGUUCUAUUUUAUGCCGAAUAAAUUAUAAAAACAUAAAAAAAUGGGAUGUUGUUGUGUAGAGGGUUGUACAAACUCUAGUGAUAAAAAAUUUCGUAUGACCUUGUUACCUCGGGAUCCGCAACGUCGUCAAAAAUGGAUUAAAAACAUUGGACGAAAGAAUUGGAUUCCAAGUAAACAUGCUUCUAUCUGUGAGGUACAUUUUGGAAAGGAUAUGUGGGAAAUAUCCAAAAAGAAUGGUAAAAGGGUAUUAAAAAAAAAUGCAAUACCUACCAUUUUUCCUGAGUCAAUUUCUAGAGAAUACACUGAGGAAAUAGUUCACGAUGAACUGGUGCAAAAACCAAGUGAAGAGUUAGCAUCAAAUCAGAGUGAAGAGUUAGCACCAAACCAGAGUGAAGAUCCAGCGCAAAGCCAAUGUUAUAGGCAUAGUGAGGAGCCAGUAGAGAUCGAGAGUAUUUUAUAUUCAGAUGAAAAUGAUUUAAAUUCAACUGCUGAGCCAAUAAUCUUAAACACUGAGAGUUCUUCAUGUUCAGAUCAAAACAACAUUAAUUUAACUACUGAGCCAAUAGUUCCAGAGACCGAACGAAAUUUAGUAACUUUAAAUGAUGAAGAAAGGUUAAAACAUGCUGAUCGGAUAAUAUUAAAACAGCAGAAGCUUCUUAAUCAUUACCGUAAAACAAAUCGGCAACUUAAAAAUCAAUCAUCUACUUCUGAUGUUUAUAAAAAAAUUCUUGAAAGUUUAUUUAAUGAUUGUCAAAUUCUGUAUUUGAGAAUGAAGCUAUAUAAUCAGCUAUAUAAUAAGAACACAGUUAGACGUUGGUCAGACAAGACGAUAAAAGAUGCUUUUCAACUAAAGAACUCAUGUGGUACAAGAGGAUAUACAGAAUUACUGAAACGAGGAUUUCCAUAUCCUUCACUAAGAUGUUUGAGAGAUCGAAAAGGAAAAUUAUUAUCUAAUGAGUCUUCAACGUGACUCAAUGUUAUCUAUUAAGACAUUGUAUAUUUUUUAUAGAGAAACUCAAGCUGUAUAUUAUGUAAAAUUUGUAUUUUUAUGUUUAACAGAAGACUGAUGUUUAAAACUUAUUCUUCAAACA